ACAACUCGCAGCAUGCGUCACCACAAAAGGAUGCUAAUUAACGUUUCAAGAUUCAUCUUAGGUAGCUAGUGAAAAGUAAAUCUGUUGGCUACUGUUUUGUGUUUUCUCAUACAUUUUAAGAUGGUUUGCGAAAAGUGCGAGAAGAAACUGGGGCGGGUCAUCGCUCCUGAUCCCUGGAAGGAUGGUGCUAGAAAUACAACUGAAAGUGGCGGACGAAAACUUAAUGAAAAUAAAAUGUUGACAUCCAAGAAGGCCAGGUUUGAUCCUUAUGGCAAGAGUGGAUUUGCGACAUGCAGAAUAUGCAAAAGUUCUGUACAUCAGUCUGGUUCACACUACUGCCAAGGGUGUGCUUACAAAAAAGGAAUUUGUGCCAUGUGUGGGAAAAAGGUUAUUGACACAAAGAACUACAAACAGACAUCAGUUUGAUUUGUUCAUUUUUUGGUUUCUGGCAAUGUCUUGGCUGUAGUUGAAAGAGAGAGGUGUUAAUUGUGUUGUUAAUUGAGUUGUUUGUUUGUUUGUUUGUUUGUUUGUUUGUUUGUUUUAAUAUAAACCUCCACCACAUGUUCAAUAUGACAAUUUAAGUUCAUAAAUGUAUUGUGACCAUGAUGUGCUGGUUUAUAACUAUAUUUAUAAGACAUGGAUAUCAGUUUUAUCCUCUCUCGCCUAACUAGAGCAAUAUAUUGGCUUGAACUGUUUUGAAGAAGUAGAUGCCUUCUAAGUUAAAUUUGCUGGAUAACAUUUAUUUAUCACUUUAAGAAAGAUCAUCCACCAAUGUGUGAUCUUGACUGAAAUACAGUCAUUUCACUUCAUGGCAUUUUAAUGCCUAUUUCCAGCUCGGCCACUGCACCUUAUAAACAGAAAGUCUAGACUUAGUCAUUUAAAUGUCAUCCCCUCCUUGCAGUCUUUUCUGUAUUUGGUAAAUCAUUAUUUCUUAUUCACAACUUCAAUGUAAGGCAGCAACACGUUUAAUGUACAGUGAUGUAAAUAGCCUGUUUACAGUUCCGAUCACCCCUACAUUGUUCAUAGCAUUGGCAACAGCAUUUUAUUGACGGAUAUUUGAUUUGGUGUUUGCUUUUUAAAUGACACUGUGGAGUUGUAUAGUCCUUGUGUUGUUUUAGACAUCCCUUGGACUCCCUUGUAUAAUAAUAUUUGAAGACUAUUGUGGAUGCUUUUACAGCAUGUUUAAUUAAUUGCCGUAGGUGUGAUGUAGCACAGUGUAAGCAAUAUUUAGACACUGUACACAUCAUUCCCCUAAUAUUUCUUAAAAAUGUUAGGGACAUCUGUUUGGAAACUGUUUUUGUCUCUGUAAAUAUUUAUUUUCUUGCUAAAUAAAAUGAGAAAACAUCUUUCA